UACAUUUUUUGAUAAAUCAUGUAGUUUAGUUAUAGAUAAAAGCAAAAAAUAUGUUUACAAUGUUUUAAAUUAUCCGUAAUAUUUCAAUCAUUUAAUGGCUAUUAAGGAAGUGAUCCACAUCCAUAUCGGGCAAGCAGGAGUGCAAAUAGCUAACGCGUGUUGGGAACUAUACUGCCUAGAGCAUGGCGCGCGACCUGAUGGUAUGCUCGCCUUCUCCAACGAUGACGGCAGCACUGGUGCAUUUUUCAGCAGUACAGGCGCUGGGAAAGUCGUCCCGAGGGUUGUGAUGAUUGAUUUGGAGCCAACCCCUAUAGACGAAAUAAGCACAGGCACAUACCGAGAACUGUUCCAUCCAACCUCUUUGCUAACUGGCAAGGAAGAUGCGGCCAGUAACUUCGCCCGAGGUUACUUUGGGGUGGGCCGAGAAAUGAUCGAUUUAGCCCUCAACCGCAUCAGAAUCGCUGCUGAAGACUGUAGCUGCCUCCAGGGAUUCAUAAUCUUUCGAUCUUUUGGCGGUGGAACUGGCUCGGGCUUUACCGCCCUCCUUUUGGAAGGCCUUGCGAAUGACUAUGGGAAAUUAUCCAAAAUAGAAUUUGCAAUAUACCCCGCGCCAAAAAUAUCACCCAUCAUCGUUGAACCAUACAAUGCCGUACUAACUACACAUGCUUGUAUGAAUACAGAAGACAUUUGCUUUAUAUUUGACAAUGAAGCCCUUUACGAUAUCUUAGCUAGGAUGCUGGACGUUCCAAGGCCAACCUACACUAAUUUGAACAGACUCAUUGCUCAGGUAGUAUCAUGUAUGACAGCGUCUCUUAGAUUCGAAGGUUCGUUAAACGUGGAAUUGGUCGAAUUCAGAACAAACUUGAUACCGUACCCGAGGAUUCACUUUCCGCUCGUGACCUUUUCUCCGUUCGUACCUCCGACCCGAGCGUUUCAUGAGACGUUAACAACUCAGCAACUGAUGAUGUCCUGCUUCGAACCAUCGAAUCAGAUGAUCAAGUGUGACCCGAGACAAGGGAGUUACAUGUCCUGCUGUCUGCUGUUCCGAGGGGACAUCAAUCAGAAUGACAUAAACAGUGCCAUUACCCAAAUUAAAAGUAUGAGAUCUAUAAAGUUUGUGUCCUGGUCACCUACUGGAUUUAAGAUUGGCGUAAACUAUCAGCCACCGACGACAGUACCAGGUGGUGACUUAGCCGCCUUACAGCGCUCUGUUGUUAUGGUUUCGAACAACUCGGCAGUGAGAGGCGCAUGGGAGAGUCUUUGCAAAAAAUUCUCUCUAAUGUACGCAAAACGCGCAUUCGUCCAUCAUUACGUCGGCGAAGGUUUAGAAGAAGGCGAAUUUAAGAAUGCACUUCAAAACAUAAAAGCUUUGUCGAACGAUUACAAAGAGAUGGAAGACUAAAUUUAAGUGAUAAUCAAUUUUGUGAAGUUACAUUAUUUUCACUACAAUUUGAAUUUAUCUAGCGAAUUAUUCAUUUUUAACUUAGAUAACGUGCAUGGAAUAAAUGUUUAUAGCAACGAAAUAUUAUUUUUGUA